GUGAAUGGUAAAUGAGCCGCUGAUGUGAAGGCACUACAGAGUCAAGCCACUCGCGAUGUGGGAAGGUCCUGACAGAGUACACACACUCACAUCAGCACAGAGGGACACAAAGAAGGAAGCUGCAUGUAAAUAACCCAUUAUACUCACGCGCUAAAGAGAAGCUGAUUUGUGGGGGUUUAAAAGUCUUUCCUGUAAAGUAGAGAGAGCGUUUAUUUACUACCGCGAGUCGCUAUUGUUGUUAAAGUCAGACGUAAAGAGCACGCGCGUUCGCGACAGCUGGAAGAGUUUGAGGAGCGACUGGAAAGCGCGUGUCGGGUUGUGAUUUUUGGAGAUCGUUUAAUAUCGUCUGCCUUUCCUUAUCGCAUUUUUUGUUUUGCUUUGGAAAGUUAUAUUUUUAUUCUUGGAUGAUUGGUGCCUUCUGUAUCUUUUUUUCUGUGGACACGCGACAUGUGAAAGCCGAUUUGUUUAGCUCUGGAUCAUUUGAUUCAUGUACUUGCAGUCGUCCCAUAAUGUUUUUCAAAUCACUGGACAGAUUAAUGGUUUGAAGGGGAGGAGGAAGUGCAGUGGGAGACUGAACUUUAAAUCCGAAGCUGAUAUCUCUCCUGAAUGAUGCCCAUAGACAGACUCGCAGACAUGGAGGAGAAACUUCGCAUUUUGGAGGACUUAAAUAUGAUAUACAUUCGUCAGAUUGCCCUGAGUUUAAAGGACAGUGACAUCCAGAAGAAGAUCGACUAUGAGAUCCGUAUGCGAGAAGGGGCGUGUAAGCUGCUGGCCGCGUGCUCUCAGAGGGAUCAAGCGUUGGAGGCUUCCAAGAGCCUCCUUACCUGCAACGCUCGCAUCAUGGCUUACAUGUCAGAGCUCCAGCGCAUGAAAGAGGCUCAGGUCAUGCAACGGGUCGCACGCAGGUCUUCCGAUGCAGGCCCAAUGGAUGACCGAUCCCCUUGUAAAGGCAAAGUAGCCAUUUCAGAUAUUCGGAUACCUCUCAUGUGGAAAGACACAGAGUAUUUUAAGAAUAAAGGAGAGCUGCAUCGGUGUGCUGUCUUCUGUCUGCUGCAGUUGGGAGGUGAGAUCUUUGACACAGACAUGGUGAUGGUGGACAGGACCCUGACAGACAUCUGCUUUGACAACACAAUUGUCUUUAAUGAGGCAAGCCCCGGGUUCGAGCUGCGGGUGGAGCUGUACAGCUGUUGUUCUGAAGAAGACUACUCGGCGGGCAGCACGCCACGAAAGCUGGCCAGCAAACUGAGCUCGUCCCUGGGAAGGUCAUCGGGAAAGAAAUUGAGGGCAGCCAUGGAACCUGGAACCUGCAGCCCCACCAGCAAUGGAGGAGGGGCGACAAUACUGCUACCGGUUCCCUCUGUACCGGGACCUAAAUAUCACCUUUUGGCUCACACAACCCUCAGUCUCUCUCAUGUCCAAGACAGCUUCCGUACACACGACCUCACCAUCACAGGAAACGAGGAGUGUUCAUACUGGUUGCCUCUUUAUGGCAGUGUAUGUUGUCGUCUGGCUGCUCAACCGCACUGUAUGACACAACAGAUGAUGAGUGGCUGUUUAAGAGUCAAGCUGGGAGGUGAACCACAAGGAUGGACGAAUGUCUAUGGUGUUUUAAAAGGGACAAAUCUCUUCUGUUAUCAUCAAAAAGAGGACAUGGAGGCUAAUGUGGAGCCUGUAUUGACUAUUGGUAUUAAUAAAGAGACGAGGAUCCGAGCAGCAGAGAAAGACCCUCACAGUAAGACCCAGAAUAUCUGUAUCACAAACCAGUAUGGAGGAGAGGAGGUCAUGCAUACACUAGGGGCGGACAACAGAGAAGACACACAGCGCUGGAUGGAGGCAUUCUGGCAACAGUUUUAUGAUAUGAGUCAAUGGAGGCAGUGCUGUGACGAACUGAUGAAGAUUGAGCAGCCUUCACCACGGAAACCUGCCAUAGUCACACCAAAACAGGGCUCCCUGUAUCAUGAGAUGGUUAUUGACACGUCUGACGACAUCGGAACAGUCACCGACAUCCUGACCCGUCGUAUCGACGAGUUUGACCUGAGGACCCAGCUUGGAUCUCCACCUCACUGGAUGUCCAUGUUUGAAGAAGAGACCCCAAGAACCCCUCCCAAUCAUCAGCACCGCCUUGUCGCUCACCUGCCCCCCCAAUCGCCCAGCCCCCGCCUGCACAGCCGUCAGCCCCGCAGCCCACGCUGCCACCGUACGCCCGGCCUUCUCUCCUCCAACGCCAGUCUGACCUCAGACGGCGACAGCUCUGCCAGUAUCAGCCCCUGCUUUCGGCAGGCGUGGUCCCCCGAUCCUCCUUUCAGUCGUUUUCGUCCACGUACCCUGUCCCUGGACGCCAAGCUCUCCACUCUUCGCGGUCGAGGCUACGGGGGCUUCCGGUGCACCUGCCAGCCGUCCGCCACUGGGGUGGUGCCCGCUCAGACUGCUCUGUCCUGCUCCAGUUCAACUUCCAGCAACAGCUCCAGCGAAGGAAGCAACAGCCAAGAGUCCGACCUGGGCUUCUCCAGGCCGUCCGCUGCACGCCGUAGCCUGAGGAAUCUGAGAGCCAAGUUAGACCCCAGGAACUGGCUGCAGAGUCAGGUGUAGCUCGCACGCUUCCUCUAAUUUGAGCUGGCCCCUGUGUCCACCCUGGAAAUAACUGGAACUUCUUGAGGUCAUGUAUGCUUGAUGACGGUAUUUGACAAUAGGGAGAAUCAUGUUACAUUGUUCAUAGCAGUUUUCUGCUUUAUUUCAACAACAUGGGAAUCAGAUCUAUUUAUAUAUUACACUACUAUAUUGUAUUAACGUGAAAUGUCCUUUACUGUACAUGUGCAAGGCUUACAGUGAACAGAAUAUUGGUGCAGUGGAUUCAGACUGGAUUCAUUUCCCAGUGUUGUCUGCUCUGUGGCUCCAAAAAGGUGAAUAAUCUGCUGACGUCCUCGAUAUUCAUCAUCGCUCGCUUGCAAAUUUUUCAGCAGCUGCUUUUAAGGGAAGCGUGUUAUUAAUAUUUAAAUAAACCUAAACAGAGUGAAACGCUGACAACUUUGUUUGUUAUUGAAUGCGACAUACAAACCUGCAUGAAUGAGAUCUUUUAGCAGAUGGUCAUUAUCAGGCUCGCACAACGAUACACAUGUGCUACUCUUUGGAUGUUUGCCAUGUGAUGAUGAACAUUCACACCAUCUGACGCUGACAUAGCUGUCUGUUAUUCUGCUCAUUGCAUGGUUUCGAUGUAUAUGCGAAGGUGCAGAUCCCAAUACUCUUUAUUCAGGUUUGAUAAUAACAUGGGAAAAUGUGAUUGUUUAUUACCCGUUACUGUGAUGACCUCAGGAUUACUGUACAUAAGUGAUUAUACUCAGCAAAUGUGAACCAUAUUGUGAAGGUCUCAACUAAAAUAUCACCAUUACGUACCAUAUAAAUACAUGGUUCCUGGGACUUGAUGGUGCUUCGUUUUGAUCCACUGCAUUAAAGCUUUCUGAUUGAUUCACUACUAUACUAAGCUACAACAGUUCAAAGUCAAGCGGUACAUGCGUUAUUUCUUGUGGCUUCCUGAUUGGUCAGUUUUGUCAAGCGUUAAAGUACGUGUGGGAAGUGUAUCAGUGUAAAGUCAGUCAGAGUGUAAAGGGAUCAAUGUUUAAAGAAAAACACCACCGUUUUUCUAUAUUUUACUAUGUUCUUACCUCAACUUAGACGAAUUAAUACAUCCCUAUCUUUUAUCAAUGUGUGCACUUAAUCUUUGUACAGCGCGUCGUGAAUGUGUUAGCAUUUAGCCUAGCCCCAUUCAUUCCUUAGGAUCCAAACAGGGAUGAAUUUAGAAGCCAUUAAACACUUCCAUGUUUUUCCUAUUUAAAGACAGUUACAUGAGUAGUUACACGAGUAAGUAUGGUGGCACAAAAUAAAACGUGGCAAUUUUUUAAGUAGCUAAAAAAGAUAUAUUGUAACAUUGCAACUAUAUUGUAACAUCCUCACUCCUGACUAUUCCUCCUCUCGCUUAAACUUCGUCAAUAUUACUGUGCGCCGAGGUCGAAGUGCUGCAAACUAAGUGCUCUUCCACCAUACAAUAUAGUUUUCAUUUUUUAUCUGUUAAAAAAUCUUUGUACUUUUAAUCUUUGUACAGCGCUUCUUGAAUGUCUUAGCAUUUAGCCUAGCCCCAUUUAUUCCUAUGGCUCCAAAUAAAAGUUUUAUUUUGUGCCACCAUACUUACUCGUGUAACUACUCAUGUCUUUAAAUAUGGAAAACAUGGAAGUGUUUGGUGGCUUCUAAAUUCAUCCCUGUUUGGAUCCUAAGAAAUGAAUGGGGCUAGGCUAAAUGCUAACACAUUCACGACGCGCUGUACAAAGAUUAAGUGCACCCAUUGAAAACAGAGUAUGAAUGUAUUAAUUUGUCUAAGUUGAGGAAAGAACAUAAUAAAAUAUUGAAAAUGGUGGUGUUUUCCUUUAAAAGUAUUAGCCUUAUAAACAGUAAUGAACGUCAGAUAACUAUUAUCAUGAUUUUAAAAUAACCUCAGGGGUGGAGUUGAUCUUGUCCUAACAAAAAUAUUGUUACAUUACUGUAAUACAGAAAUAACAUGAAUGAUACUGACAAUGUAUAUAAUACAUAUUAUAUUUGGUCCAUGAAGGCUGUUUGUUUUCUUUAUAUAACUUCAUAAAGUGUAUUAUAAAUGUCUAAAAGGUGGAAGUAUAGAAAUAGGGAUCAGACUAAACUUCCCUCUAAAAUUCGGAAGUAGUAAAAAAAUGUUUGUCGUAGACAUGACACACUAUAAAAUAAACAGCGCUCAACCAGUCAAAUGCCACUGACCUGUAUUUAAAAACCUGUAAAUUCAUUCAAACACUAUUUGUUAUUGUAAAGUUUUGUAAUUUUCAUUUUGUGCUUUUAUUAAAGUUGUAUUUUACCAUAUUCAUAUUUGUUAUAAAUCAAAUAAUAUCAAUAUAUUCUAUCAGACGAGUUAAGCUCUAGAUUAUCAUUGUAGAUAACAUUGAAUGUUAACAUGGAGAGAAGCGUCAUUUCAGCAGGCUGUCUGCAUGCACAUUUUGAGAAAAAAAACUAUUAAGUGUAUAAUAACAAUAUGUUGUAAAGAAUUGCAUAAAUUAAAAGGAAAAGCAAGA